AUGAUCAAGGUUUCGAAGACAGUAAUUGAUUUGUUAGAUCGGCCACAUAAAGAAAAACUGGUAGAUUUGGUUAAAAUAGCAAAACAUCAGAAUAUUCAUGAAAAUGUUCAUAAUAAAACAGGGGUGAAGUUAUCUAAACAAUCAAACAGUAGUUUAAUAAGUGAUAGUAAGUUACACUCUUCAGUUAGUUCAAUUAAAUCAAAAGUUGAAGAUGAAGAUUCCAUUGAACCAGAAAUGUUCAUAGAAUACCCAUCAGUCAAGGAAGAAACAUUAGCAUUUUGUGAAUUUAUUAAGAAUUUGGAUGGUUCAUCAAUUGACAAUCCGGAACCGACAACACUAGCAAGUUUAUUUGCUGGAACACAUGAAGCUCAACCCCCAGUAUCAACGCCAAUUAAUGUUGUUGAAUUGAUUAACUUACCAUAUGAAUUAAGACACUCUAUUAAAGAACCACCCAAAUUACUCUGUGAUAAGCAUUCUUUGGCUGAUUCAGAGAGUUUGCCGCGUAUAACUAAGUCAAAUGCGGCUAAAAGGCAAGAAAAGAAUUUUGAAAGAUUACAUUAUGGUGCAUGGUAUAUUCCACCGAAACAAUGGAAAGUUAUCAAAGAUAAUGAUGCGAACAUGAUAUACAAUAAAAGUGAAUUUGAAAAUUUUAAAACUAAAUCACAUAAGGAACAAGUAGAGAGCUUAAAUGGGAAAAUGAAAGAGACACAUGGAUACGAUGCCUUUAUGGAAUUUAUACAGAAUAAAAAUAAACGUAUACCUAAGUCAAGUAAAUAUAAUUGA